AACAAAAUGGCGGAUAUGAGAACAGUUCUCUUGGCUUCCGAGGCUGAACUUUACGUUCAGGAGCUCAAAACUUUCCSUAUAGCAGAGAUUGGGAGCCCAAAAUGGUUAACACAACAUGAAUUUAUAGAGAAACUUAAUAUGCAGGCAGUUAUUUGUGCAUCAACUCAAACAGAUGAAUACAUCAAAGAUUAUCUCAUAACUUUAGGAAAGAUUCCAGUUCUUAUUCAUGAGUUGAUUGCAACUGAAAUGUGGAAGGCUAAAGUAUAUCCCAAGAUCGUCCAGUCAGACUUCAAUCCAGCUUCUACUUUACCCCUGUACUUUGCAUUAUUUCACGAAGCAACCCUCAUUGGUUUACUGGAGACUGUCCUAUAUCAUAGGGAAUCUUGUGAAGCAGCUGAGGAAAGCAUUCUAGAUUUACUAGAUUAUUGUCACAGAAAACUGACCCAUUUGAUAGCAAGUCAAGAGGAAGCAGAUACAGAGAAAGAAACAACAGCAAGUUCAAAUCCCAGUAUCGAAGAAUUACAAAGACAAGAUGAUGAUAUCAAAUUCACUGUGUGUGUCAAAGCUAUUUCAAUUCUUAACUAYAUUACUGAACAUAUCAACAGCCUUCCAUAUAGUGUGUUGACAAGAAUGCUAAAUACUCACGACAUGCCUGUUGUUCUGGUUCAGUUAGUAGAAAACCCUCCCUGGGUCAGAAGGAACAAAGAAGGAAAGCUAGAAAAAUUUAUUGAUACAAAGUGGAGAACUGUUGAUGAAAGGGAAAGACUACAGCUUACGAAGACAGAUGGACAGAUAUGGCUUGCUUUAUUCAAUCUUCUUUUGAAAGAAGACUGUCAGAGAAAAUAUGAGCUGAACGACUACAAAAAAGCACAAAUUCUGAAGCUAAGAGGAUAUCUUAAUGAAGUGUUACUGGACCAGAUCCCUAGUCUCAUUGACGUGCAGCGAUACUUGGAACAUCUUGCUAUUAUGGAACCACCUGCUGUCAAGAAGGAUCUUGUYCUUGAGCAGCUCCCUGAAAUACGAGAAACCYUGCUGAAGCAAAAUACAGGGAAAUGGAACAAAAUAGCAGAACAUCAGAGAAAAGAAUACUUUUUACCUUCUGAAAAUGAAGUAAAAAAGCAAGCCCAGAAGCUAGCAGCGACCUAUAACCUUGAUGCUUUAGAAGAUCUCAUCAGCGAACCUCCUAAGUGUGCAGCAUGUGGUAAAGCAGCAGCCAAGAGAUGCUCAAGAUGUCAAAAUGUCUGGUAUUGUAAAAGGGAGUGCCAAGUAAAGGACUGGCCCAAACACAAACCCAUAUGCCACGUGAUGUCGAAGGACAAUUAGAAUAUUCUUGGACCCAAACUGAGGACGAGCAAGGCUCAAUCCUGUUUAUAUCAUAUUUUAGACUGCAUGGAAAUAAGAUCCAUAUUUAUGUAAUCGUGCAAGGAUUAUCGGCAUGGCAAAAAAACAGUACUCAAGAGAAUGACAUUCUGAAAAGGGAAGCGAUCACUUCUAAGCUGUACGCUUCUUCCGUGUCCAAGUUCUUCUUGUCAUGAAAGUUAUAGAAUACGAGUGAAAGACGUUGAGUUGCCAGCACUUUCAUAUGCUUUUUGCUAGCCUAGUCUACAUCCACAACCUGUCUCCCUCUUCUAGAAGGGCGGAUCUGGACGKGGUUUAUUGAGUAGCUGUACAUUCCUUCUCUGUGUAUGAUGUCCUCAAUAAAUGUAGGCGGGUGAAUAACAUUUCCGAAGGGUCAGAGUUGGCUCUGAAGGGCUACCUUGAACUUGCAGGAAUUUGCCUUGGAUUUACUGCGUCAUGAUUGGUGGAGUAUGUUGUCGAAGUUUCUAAAAUCAGCUUCUGGAAUAUUUGAAAUUAAACAAAAUAGUAUGCUUUUUAGAAGCUA